AUGGUAGCUCGAGAUGACCUCGUUGCCCUCGUCGCCAAGGCGAAUGCCCGCGGCCCAACAACUGGCUUCACGGAUGUCGAUGAUGAUGCCGAACAGCUCCCCACCGGCUUCGACACUGAGAAUGCCAAAGUAUUUACCCCCCUCAAGAUCGGCGACUUGACGCUGCAGCACCGAGUCGUCCACGCGGCGCUGGGACGGUCUCGCAGUGCCCAUUCUGCCGAAAGCCCGUUGGCUGUCAAGUACUUUGAGCAGCGUACCACCCAAGGAGCCCUCAUGAUCUCUCAAGCCACAGGUAUCUCGCUCAAAUCCAAGGCCUGGCCCUGGUCAGCGACUCUCGAGACGAAAGAACACCAGGCUGCCGUCAAUGAUAUCAUUCAAGCGGUUCACAAGAAAGGCGGAUACUGGUUCCAACAGCUCACACACGUGGGUCGCUGCACAUCGCCAGGCCUCGUUAAGCACGCCUAUAAAGAAGCUGGUCUGGACCCCCCUUCCUACGGUUUCCUUUCGUUAUCUUCCUCGGCUGUUGCUGAGACCGGGGUGAAUACUCACUCCGGAGAACCAUUCGGGGUGCCGCAUGCGUUGACAGUUGAAGAGAUCCAGGGAAUCGUGGCCGAUUUCAAGCGCGCUGCCGCCCUUGCAGUCGAAGCUGGAGCCGAUGGAGUCGAGAUUCUUUCAGGAAAUGGCUUCCUCUUGGACCAGUUCUUGCACGACAACAUCAACCAACGCGAUGACCAAUAUGGAGGAUCCGUCGAGAAUAGGAGUCGCUUUACUCUGGAAGUGGUCGAUGCUAUUGCAGAAGUAGUAGGCUACCAGCGUCUGGGAGUCAGAGUGAGCCCCUUUUCUAAGUACACGGUUCACAACCCCUGGAGCAAUUGCUCCAUCUCAGCCGUGAGCUCGCUCGGCGGGGUGUAG